AUGUCCACCUUCGAGCCAGUGGUCGUCAUCGACGGCAAGGGACACCUCCUUGGUCGCCUCGCCAGUACCGUGGCCAAGCAACUUCUCAACGGACAGAAGAUCGUCGUUGUCCGAUGUGAAGCCCUCAACAUCUCCGGCGAAUUCUUCCGUGCCAAACGUAUGCAUGCACCGUUCCCCCCAGCAGAUAUAGGGAAGAAGAAGAAGUGGAAACGAGGAAAAGAAGACGAGAGCAUGGGGAAGAAUACAUAG